CAGGAGACGGAAGUUUGUUUGUUUACCAAAAUAACGUACACAGAGUUGUUGAGAAUCAACCCGCAGUUGAACUUGAUUUAUCUCUCUCGCUUCUGUGUGAUCUACAUGAUUAUAUUUCUUUUAACCCCUGUGGUUCUUGGCUGCUAGUGCUGGAUAACUCGGGAAGCUAAGCGAAACUGUUGAGGUUGGAAAGAUCAACUGGAUUAUUAAACUGGUGUGAGGCAAGGAUCAAUGAUGGAACACGUCCACAUUAAAGAUGAGGUCCCUGAACUGGAAUCGGUCCAUAUUAAAGAAGAGGUCUUUGAAGUGGAGCUUGUCCAAAUUAAAGAGGAGGAGUCUGAGGACGUCUUUGAAGAGGAACCUUUGUCACUGGAGACCAUUCAGGAUUCUGUGUCUGACCAUUCCAAACACACAAGCAGCUACCAUCAGUGUACUGAGUGUGGGGAGAGUUUCAGUUCUUUAGUAAAUUUUGAAAGACACCAACACGUUCACACAGGAGUGAAACUGUAUCCCUGCAUUGACUGUGAGAAAAGUUACAACGAAUUACGAUACCUUAAAAGACACCAGCGAGUUCACACAGGAGUUAAACCACAUCACUGUGCGGAAUGUGGAAAGACUUUUAGUCAGUUAGGAAUUUUGAAGAAACACUUGAGAAUUCACACUGGAGAAAAGCCAUAUCCCUGUUCUGAAUGUGGAAAGUGUUUUAAUCAGUUACAAAGCCUUAAAACACACCAGCGAAUUCACACAGGGGAGAAACCAUAUCACUGUAUUGAAUGUGAGAAGAGUUUCAGUCAGUUAGGACACCUUAGAACACAUCUGCGUAUUCACACAGGAGAGAAACCCUAUCAUUGUACUGAAUGUGAGAAAAGUUUCAAUGAAUCCGGGCACUUCAAAAACCACCAGCGUAUUCACACAGGAGAAAAAACAUAUCACUGUUCAGAAUGCGAGAAGAGUUUUUACCAUUUAACAAGCCUUAAAACACACCAGCGAACUCAUACAGGAGAGAAACCACAUCAGUGUACUGAAUGUGGCAAGAGUUUUUAUCAUUUAACAAGUCUUAAAACACAUCAGCGCAUUCACACUGGAGAGAAGCCAUAUCGGUGUGCAGAAUGUGAGAAGAGUUUCAGUCGGUUAGGACUCCUUAAACAACACCAGCAAAUUCACAGAGGAAUAUAACCACAAUCCUAAACUUUAAGGACAUCAGCCCUCGGGGAAAGAGUCAGAAAUUAGACUGUUAAAAGUAAUCUGCCAAACUGAACCCUUGAAACAACCUAAAAUCAAAAAGCAUGCCAGAAAUAACUUUUCUACACCAAGCUCAGAGAGGACAUCUUUGAACCUUGGAAGGACUGAUGAGUCUCUCAUGGUUAAUUUAACUGAACAACCAAAUUGGUAAUCUCUGCAAAAAAGGAACUAUGAAAUUACCAGAGUUUGCCACAAAUCAAAACCAAUCAAACACAACACAUUUGCAGUUUACUAAUUUGGGCCGCAGAACCAGAAAAGAUAUAAAAAGUAUAUGUUGUGUAUUGGAUUUGAGAAAGUUUUAAGUGAAAGGACAACAUGUUUGAAUUCCUGCUGUAAAUAUAAAGAAGCUUGGUUAGAUAUUACGAGUAAGUUCAAAGAAUCUAUUGAGUUCAACAAGAAACGUCUCAAUUGAAUGUAACACUUUUAUAUAACAAAGGAAAUAGAGGCUAUGUGGAUGAAUGAUAUAACUGUUAAAAGGAUGCGAUAUUGUGUUUUAUAGUAGUUAGACAGAAGAUAUACGUUUCUGUUGAUCCUAACCAAAUGCAUGUGAAUAUCAGCUGUUAAAGCCCAAUGUCCUAUUUCUUUACAC